UUCCCUACAGCACACCGAUUUAUCACUCAAAGAAAUUCCAGUACGACAUUACAUAUGGAUUAGACGCCAUUCGCAAAGCUGGACUGGUGGUGCAGGUCCCGCACCUAUACGGGCACCGAGAGUCCGGUACUCUAUCGUUUCCCAACAUUUGAACUACUCCAGCAAUCGGGCUCCCGUGCCACACUUUCCACUAUUCUGUAAAAACGUAACCUAAGCCUGAGAAGAGACUACGCAUGAAACGGACAUGCAAUCUAUGAGAGUAAUUACGGUAAAUACCAAAUGCCCACCCCGACAGAAUAUUUCGUGAGAAACCAUUGUUUCCAGACAUAUGUAACCUGUUCAUUUUCCACCAAAACGCAGACGUAUAAAACAGACACACUAGCGGCUACUGAAACAGCAAAUUGUCCAAACGGUUUAGCUUUGUCAUUCCUAAUUCACAUUGCUCACAACGUUUCCAUAUCAAUGAUAUUUGAGAGGGUCGCUGUGAUAUUUGCAUAUAGCCAGUGUGCUAGCUACAAUGUCUAAUUCUGCGGUUUUUCAAACACAGUUAGCUUCCGUUAUUGAUACGAUGGCAAAAACUGCCAUUACACAGAUUGUCAAACUAGUAGACGACUACUCUGCUAUUUUACGGUGGGAAAUGUACCGAAGCCAGAGUGAAAACGAAGGACUGAGGAAAAAAUUAGAAGCAAUGGAGAAUGAGAGCCUGAUGACCCGCGGAGAGAGUACAGCCGGAGCUCUAGAUGAUACUGCGAACGACCGCUCUGCCGGAACUCCAAUUAGCGAUACAUCCCGUGGGCCAGGCGCGAGAAAGGUCGCAGAGUUUGACGGUGGGAACGCCCUCUUUCCGGGUGAAGGCUUUGCGAAUCAGGUUUGCGAUGGGAGGGGAGAUGGGGAGCGACCGUACGGAGGAGAAACUGCGGUGCACAAUGCUUUCCUGAAGGAUGAGCCUGCAGUGUUGUCGGCCAAUGAGCCGGAGUUGCUUAUUAUCAAGCAGGAAGGACCUGAGGAAGAAUUCAGGAGCAGCGAUGCAGGAGGACAGCGGGAGGCUGGCCAGGACAGGACGUGGGAAGAACAGGGAACCUUGCAGUGCCCCACCCUCCCUGUUUCCAGGAAACAGGCUCCUGAGCAGCACUGUGAGGAGGAGUGGGUGGGGCAUUACCCACCAGGAGAGGGCGCCGAGGAGCUGCCACACGCACACAGGACCGGACCCUGCGGGGACCAGAUCAGCGGCUUUCAGUCCGCGAGGCGCAAGCCCGAAAUACAUGGGGUGCAGAACCCCAGGGUAUAUGGGGGCUGUGAGCAGAACGGGGGGAGUCUGGCCAGCCUGCACUCUGAGUUCAGAAUGUAUGACAGGGCCGGUGCACACAGUAGUGACACAGAGGCGGAUGAUCUGGCAUUCUGUUACACUAUGCACCAGCAGGGGGCACUGCAGGCAUACGGACCCACAGGAGAGCAGCCCGCUCUGAACAAGGGCACAGCGGAGUCAAACCCGGAGUCGAACCCGGGCACCCCAGGGAGGACCCCGAGGGCAGAGAAACAGCUCAGUUGCAUGUACUGCGGGAAGUCUUUCCCAUAUUUAAGCUACCUCAAAAGACACCUGCAAAAUCACACGGGAGAGAGACCCCACAGGUGCACCCAGUGUGGCAGGUGUUUCAUUCGCCGCAGCCACCUGGUCCGACACCAGCAGGUGCACACUGGAGUGAAGCCGUUUGACUGUGCACUCUGUGGAAGGAGAUUCGCUCGUUUGAGUCACCUAGACAGACACCUGAGUACUCACGUUUGAGGUUUAAGGAAAAUAAUUUCAAAUGUAAGCAAAUAUCCAAAACACAAAAAUGAGAUGCCUGAUUCAUGACGCACAGAAACUCACUGAAGAGGAAAGCAGCUGUUGAAGUCUAAUUUCCUGAAAUCUGUUGGGUAGUAGAGGAAGACUUUAAAGCUGUGUAGUGCCUUCUCUCUUUCUCUCUCUUCUCUUCCCUUCUUUUGUUUUUUAUGGGGGGAUUUGUUUUAUGGGGAUACAGUUGUUGGCUCUGCUAUGCUUAUGGCAAAAAUAGAUGAAACACCAUAA